CGUAAGGGCUUGUGGGUCGUGAUUAAAGUGGUUCUCUGACAAAUCAUUCUAUGAAAUGCAUAGACAUAUUUAUGCACAUAAUUGUCAAAUGUCAAAAUACCAUAAGGUGCUAAAAUCUACCGCGAACAUCCGUGACUAAAGUACUGGAAAUGAAGAUUAUAACAUUUUAUAAAGAAGCAGAUGGGAUCUAUAAAUGCACACGGAUAAAAGAGCACACGGCUAGGAUUCGACGAGGAAAAAAUAGUAAAACAUAACAGGCAGCAGCCGAAUGAAUGAAUAGCUAUAAGGUUCAUAAUUAUGUUUUAGAAGCAUUAAAUGAAUAGCGAGGUCAGUUGGUGACAUUGGUAAAGCGGAAUGUCGUCAUUAAAGUCAGAAGAUAUAUCAGUAGAAAAAAGAAGGUUGCAUGUGCCUCCAUUGGAAGAACUUGCUAAAGUGUUCAAUUCAGAAUUAAUUAAAAACUUCGAAGAAGUUAAGGUAGAAGUAACUGACAGCCCUGAUUUAUCUCAAAAGCCUUUUACACUUGCAGAUAAAGGUUUAAAUGGAAAAACAAAAUUAAUAGAAAUUGGUGGUGUACCUUAUUUAAUACCUUUGGUUAACAAAGAUAAAGUGUAUGAUUUAAAAGACGUUGCAAAUUUAAUAGAUUCUAAUCCUGCUUUUGUUAUUGGUGCUGGUGCUGGACCUUAUCACUAUGCGGGAGUUAAUUGCGAAGGAAUUAUCAAUAUAAGUAUAAAAAAUGGAACUGUAAAUCAACAGACGAGAAUUUCGAAAGUGGUGGACGUGGACGAACACUAUCUACAAGAGAAAUUACCGGACAGUGAAACUCGAAUCUCUUUGCUUGGAAACUUCUUUGCCUCAGAAGGAAAAUCUGGAAAGGUUGUUAAAGUGCAUGCAAAGAAACGCACAGGUUCCCAAAAUUUCAUUGAAUGUCUCAGAAACGCCAUUGAAAAAGAGUAUGGCGAAAAAUUGGUCGGCGUGGGUGGAACAUUUUUGAUUGCAAAUGGAAAGGCAAAGCAGCAUGUUAUGAGAGACUUUUCCAAAACUGAGCUUGUAACCGAUGAAGAUGUAAACAAUUGGCUUAAAUUUUAUGAAAUGUCUGCUCCUUUAGUGGCUGUCGGGACUUUUGUUAGCAAUGAUGGGGGUGAUUUAGACCUGAGAGUACAGCAUUUUCACAGUUUUAGUCAUCAUGGUGAUGCAGGACACUAUCAUUACGAUGUCACACCACAUGAAGUGGAAUAUCUGGGCUAUUUUAAUACAGCCGAAGAAAUAUAUCGUCUUGAUAAACCAGUUGAAACUCACAAAGUGGGUCGGGACUAAUAUUUAAUAUGAAUAAAUUGUGGUAUUCGAACGUUUUUUUUUUUUGCAUA